UUUACUCUAAAAUUUAAAAAACCUUAUUUCUUCUUUUUUAUUAUAAAUACGUAGAUGUGAUGGACGGAGACACACACUCAGUGCUUCACAAAUUUGAUAACCAAUCGAUCACAGGCGUUUACCAAUGGCGGCCAAGUGCAGUUCUGGUGUUGAAAACGGAGCAAAUGUGGCGGUGGUAAUGGUGCCACUUCCGGCCCAAGGCCAUCUGAACCAGCUGCUCCACCUCUCCCGCCUCAUCUCCUCCCACCACAUCCCCGUGCACUAUGUCGGAACCUCCACCCACAUCCGCCAGGCCACCACCAGGGUUCACGGCUGGGACCCACUCGCAGCAGAAAACAUUCACUUCCACGAACUCCCCACGCCGCAGCAGCAGCAUCAAUCUCCGCCGCCCGUUCCCGACGCCGACGCCGCCCCCAAUUUCCCUUACCAGCUGAUGCCGGCGUUCCUCGCAACAGAGCAUCUCCGGCAGCCCCUCAUUGAUCUACUCCGCGAAAUAGGAGUCUCCAAAACCAGGGUUGUCGUCAUCGCGGACGCCUUUAUGGGUUCGGUGGUUCAAGACGUGCCUUCUGCCGUACAGAAUGCAGAGGUAUAUCGUUUUCGUUUCCUCUCAGCGUUCUGUAUCUAUUCCUUCCUUUGGGAGGCUACCGGGAAACCCGUGGUUGGGCCGGAGACUGAAGUACUGAUGAAUUUCUUGCCGUCUAUGGAGGGCUGUUUCCCGCCCGAGUUCGGAAAGUUCAUCAGAGCUCAGAGUGCGUCUUGGGAUGCAGCAUGCUCCGGAGAUAUUCUGAAUUCCAGUCGAGAAAUAGAAGCCCCUUUUCUUGAUCUUCUUGGGAGAGUAUCAAAGGGAUUAUUGCAAUGGGCUGUUGGUCCACUCAACCCUAUUUCUCUUGGCGAUGCCGCAGCUUGCCCGAGAAAACGCCACGAAUCCCUGGAAUGGCUUGACAGGCAGGGAAAAGACUCUGUUCUGUUCGUAUCCUUCGGGUCGACCACUUCUCUUUCAGAGGAACAGAUAACAGAGCUUGCCAUUGGGCUGGAACAGAGCAUGCAGAAAUUCAUUUGGGUGUUGAGAGAGGGCGAUAGGGUUGACGUUUUUGACGGCGGGGAUUCGGGGAGAGGAAUGCUGCCGGAAGGGUACGAGGAAAGGGUCCGAGGUAGGGGGGUUGUGGUCCGGGACUGGGCGCCUCAGUUGGAAAUUCUGGGGCACCCGGCAACCGGAGGGUUUGUGAGUCACUGCGGGUGGAAUUCGUGCAUGGAGAGCAUUUCAAUGGGAGUGCCAGUCGCGGCGUGGCCGAUGCACUCGGACCAGCCGAGGAAUGCCACGCUCCUAACCCAAGUCCUGGGGAUUGGGUUCAGCUUGGUGGACUGGGCGCGGCGGAGGGAGGUGGUGGGACGGGAAGAGGUGGCGAAAGGGGUGAGGAAGCUGAUGGCGUCCGGAGAAGGAGGGGAGAUGAGGAAGAGGGCGGUUGCGUUGAGUGAGAGGGUGAAAGAGUCCAUCACCGCCGGUGGAGGCCGGAAGGAAUUCGAAUCCUUCAUAGCUCACAUCACCAGAUAGAUCGAGUGAUUUUACUCCUCCCUUGUUUUGCAUUAAGGUGCACGAGCAACAGAUGUAUGAGUUGGCCUGAGAACUGCAAUGGCGGGGACUCAAAAAGGUG